UCAUUUAUUCAUUUAUGGCGAACUUGUAGUUUAUUUUCGUCAGUUGAUUUUUAUCAGAAAUUUUCAGUGCUAAGUCCAAUGAAAAAUUACAUUAAAUCAAUGACCGAUCCCAAAGGACAAGAUCGUGGCGAGACUAUUUCGAUCAAGAAAAAUCCUCCGUUCGACUACAACCAGCUGGCGAAAAACGAACUCAUUAAUAGUGUGAAUACAGGAUUAUCGAUUGAAUCUAAUGUUGGAAUUUCUCCAGCUCGACAUCAAUCAUCAAAGAAAGAUAAUGAGGGAGCAAUACAAAAGAGAAUUUUUAAAAAGAAAUCGCUUUCGCAAUGUAAAUCACAAAAGAAUAAACAAGAAACAGUAGACGUUCCGAAACGAGGUUUAGAGCCACUUCUAGACGAAAAAUUAGACGAAGUUCUUAAUGAGGGAAUUCUGGACUCGGUUUUGCCAUUUAUUUGUCCUAACAACAAUACUACAAGUCAUGGAUAUCAUAAGGGAACGAACUCGAAAUCUUCUCAUCAUCCUAUUGUGCAGAUAACUCCUGGCGCAGGAGUUGCGUCUAAAUUGGGACCAAGUGGAGGUGAAACAAACGGUUCCGAGAGUCAGACUAACGGAUGCUCUAAAAAAAGUAAUAUUUCAUCUGUCGGAGAUGCGUCGCAUAGUUUCCUUAUUGCAAGUAGCACUACGAGUAAAUCGCGAAGAAAGUCGUCUGUUUCUCAAAUGACUGUUUCCGACAUUCGAAAUGAACCUGAAGUUAUUAUUCAUGUAUGCGACGAAGUUAAAGGAACAUCUAGAGAUUUCUCAUGUCCUCAAAAAUUGCUCGUUACAAAAAUGGGCUACUUUGCAGACGUCACAGCCGGACAGCGAUUAGAAGACAUGGAUAUUUCUGUACAUUGCGAUUUACAAAUUUUUGAAUGGUUAAUGAAAUGGGUGAAGAAAGAAUCCAUGUCUCAAGAUGAUUGGCCUAUGCUUGAUCCGUCUAAUGUAGUGCCAAUAUUAGUAUCAGCUAGUUUUCUGCAAAUGGAACCACUGCUAUUGGAUUGUCUAUCUUUUUGUCAUGCUCGAUUGAAUGAAGUAGUUAGAGCAUCUGCUAACUUGGCAUGUCUAAAUGAUAGCAUUAUAACUCGGUUAGCAGCAAUGUUCACAAAUCUUGAGCUGGAAAUGGUAAAAGAUAAGAAGGAUAGGAUUGCACCACGUAUUUGGACCAAAUUGAUUCAAAGUCUUUGUGAGAUAGAACCACAAGCUCUAAGAGGUCACUACGCGACAUUAGUUGGAAUGUUUCGCUGCAUACGAUGCGGCAAAUUUUUAACCCAAACCAUUAGCACAUUCAUACAUUGUGUACCACAAAACAUACGCUUAAAUCGCUGGGGCCAACUUAUAAGUUCGCAUGUUAAGGAUCCUGCGUGGAAUAUUACUAGUUAUGUGGCCAGUCUCCAUAAAGAACUACGCUCGUGGCGUAAAGUAUAUUGGCGGUUGUGGGGACAUUGCCAUUUUUUGUAUUGUGCCGUAUGCGAUAGUCAUUUUGCUGUGUAUCAAAUGUUAUGGUGUCAGUAUCAUCCAGAACAACCACAGUUUCUAGGACCUGCAGCAGAAGGAAGGGUUCCUGGUCCGGCAGGCCGUUAUCCUUGUUGCGGGAAACAGGCCUACCGAUACGAAACUCUUCCAGGGCCAACGGGUUGUCAAUUCCGCGAACAUACAGUGCAAGCUGAUACCGAUCGUGAUCGAGCGAUCCUACAACUUGCUGUACAAGCUGCUGAAGGAGGUUGUUUGUACGAAACUGCACCAUUCAAACCACCAAAUACCGCAAGCGACCCUUGGUGGAACGGUAUCGGAAUUUUGCCUCAUCGCUCUAGGCAAGGUUUGCUGCCGACAUUUCACGUGGAUGGCGAAGCACAAUCGAGUCGUUCUACUCGAAAGUUUAUUACACGACAGCUAUCUCAAUCAGUCGCAGAAUCUGAUACUGAAUCAGAUUCGGAUGAUGUUGAUAAAUCUGGCACCGUCCUAAGUCACUCUUCCAGUAGCAGCAGCGAUGGAGGAGAAUCCGAGUACAGCAGUCCCAUGUCGUUUCAACCUAAAAGUGUUAAAAAUAAAACGAAAUUAUCGUAUGGCCGGCAGUGGGCUGGUGACAUGUCCGCUCGAAGCAAUCAAGACAAUCAGCGUGAAUUUGAAGAGCGUGCUAUGAAGCAGAUAAUCGCGAUGGUCGGAAAGAAGACGGGCAGUGAACAGAACCAUCAGUUUGUCACCUACCAGCAGGGUGGUACUUAUAUGAAGAUUGAGGCCGACUGGCGUGAGUCCAUCAAGCAGAAAAAUUUAGCGAAUGUGAAGGCUAAAAAUGGAGGCAUCAAAUGAUGACUGUUGAUUGAUUUGCGCGAACGAUCCUCCAAGGAGAAAUCAUUUUAACAUACAUAAUUCUAUGAUGUAAAGAUACAUUUUUGUGCUACUAUGAGUACAGUUUAAUAACAGUGUAAACAUUCUAGUCUAGUUUGUACACACCCCGAUGUAGCAGCAUCGAGCAAAUCUACAAUCUCUUGAUCACAGCACCGUGCGUUCUAGUCAAUUUUUUUUAAUCUUUACCUUGUCUUUUUAGGAUGCGUGCUCCGAAAGUUUUGAUACUCGUAUUAUUUUAACUACU